UGUCACUCAGGGCGGGUGUGAAUGCGGCUGCAGCGGACGGGCUGCGGGCAGCGGACAGAGGCGGCGGGGCAGCCGGGCACCAUGCAGCCGGCGGCGGGCAGGCUGCCCCUCACCACCACCCUCACCUUCACCAUCACCAUCACCAUCUGCAUCUGCAUGGCGUCGCCGGGGCUCGGGCAGGAAAACGGCACGGCGGGCUGGUACAGCACCGAGGGAUACGGCAGCGCCAGCGGCAGCAGCACCGGCACUAGCAGCAGCAGCACCGAUGCCCAGCUGCUGCCCACUGCCACUGCCAACACCACUGCCAAUGCCACAGCUGUGAUACCCACCACCGCCAGCGCUGCCCCCAACACCGGCUCGACUGCCGAGCCCGUGCAAGCGUUCCGGUGUAACUGCAGCGUGGCGGGGAGCGUCAAUGAAACGACAUGCAACGCGUCGUCGGGACAGUGCGAGUGUCUCGCCGGGUACUCUGGCCUGCGGUGCGGCGACUGUGCAGACGAGUUUUACCACGAUGGCACCAGUGGACUGUGCACCGCGUGCGAAUGCCACGACCAAGGAGCAACAAGCGCCCAGUGUAACAGCACUGGAGGAUGCAGCUGCAAACCAGAGGUGACCGGCCUCAAAUGUAGCAGUUGUCAGGUGCUGCAUUAUGAGCUCAAUGAAACUGGAUGCCGUCCCUGCCAGUGUAACGGCCUGGCCCUGGCCUGCGACCAACAGACAGGGUUCUGCUGGAACUGCACUGGAAACACGGAGGGACAUCACUGCGAGAAUUGCAAGGAGACUUUUUACAGGAAACCCCAGGUUGUCUUGACAGCUGAGUGUGAGCGCUGCCCUUGCUCAGUGGUGACAUCUAGUGGAAGCUGCCGCUUAGCGCUGGGCGAGGCGGUGUGCGACGGUUGCCUGCCGGGCUACUUUGGGGUGCACUGCGAUGAGUGUGCGGACGGCUACCACAACUCGGACAGCAUCUGCGUGCGCUGCCACUGCAGCGGCAACAGUGACCCGCAGAGCAAGCUGCCCAUCUGCGACUCUGAAUCGGGCCGCUGCCUCAGCUGCAGCGCCAACACCACCGGCUUCCACUGCGACCAGUGCGCCUACGGUUACCGCGGUGACGCAGCGGCACACAACUGCAGCCUGGAGUUAACCACAGUGCUUCCCACGAGCUCCACGGAGACGGGUAGCAGCACCAGCCCGCCGGUCACCGCAGUGUCAAACAGCAGCGAGCAGCCAGUACAGCUGACGGCACAGAGCACGGCCCAGGGCAGAGAGAGCACGGCAGCCCCGGCAGCCCCGGAAAUCUCCUGGACCCGCUUCAACAUCGUGGUGCUGGUGGCCAUCAUUGCCGUGGUGGUCCUCCUCAUGGGCUUCGUGGCGGGCGUCUACGUUUACCGCGAGUACCGCAACCGAAAGCUCAACGCCCCCUUCUGGACCAUCGAGCUGAAGGAAGACAACAUCAGUUUCAGCAGUUACCACGACAGCAUCCCCAACGCCGACGUGUCGGGCCUGCUGGAGGACGACGGCAACGAGGUGGUCCCCAACGGACAGCUGACUCUCUCGGACCCCAUCACCUCCUCCUACAAGAUAUAAAGCGAAGUUACGCGGGCCACGACAAGUGUGUAGGACCGGAGGGCGGACUGACUGCACGCCGUUGGUAUAUUGCACCAGCCGCGCGCUCUGUGACAUGAGGGCAGUGCAGAGAUGGUGCGAGGCUUCACUGAGCUGAAUGACGCCCCCCCCCCACCCCACCCCCACCCCAGACGGAAGCCCGCAGCAAAUGAAUGGGGGUCCUGCUUACACCAUUCACCGGUGUAAAAACACCCCCAAAAAUGAGUUUCUAUUUUUGUACAAAGCUAAGAUGCAAUGAUGUCCAGGUUCAAGCCGUCUCCCAGUGCGGAGAUGAGAGACCAUUAAUCAAUGGACAUCCCCUUCCCAGGACAGCAAGCAGGUCUCGGGCAUUGCAAUGCAACUGGAAAGACUUCAAAUUCCUGUAAGGAAAUAAUUUUAUAAAGACUAUGACUGGAAUGUACAUUGAGGGCAAAGAUUUCACAAGAUGAGAAGCUCUUGUAUUUUUUGUUUGUUUGUAAACUACAGACAGUUUCUAAUGAUUGCUGAGGGGAAAAUGGCAAUAACCGUGUUUACGGCUGAUGUGCUUCCAGUAUUGAACGCAUUGGGUCACGCAAGUGUGGCCCAGCCUCCUGCUCCACUCACAGUGAACGUGGGAAGGAACUGCAGAUGCUGGUUUGCACCGAAGAUAGACACAAGGUGCUGGAGUAACUCAGAGGGUCAGGCAGCAUCUCUGGAGGCAAAGGAUGGGUGAAGUUUCGGGCCGGGGCCCUUCUUCAGUGUCUUAUCUCCGGGAGAGGAGGAGCUAUUGCUGAAUCCCAAGGCUAAUGCUGAAUGAAUGGACGCUUUUAACAGGCUCACACGUGGUGAGGCCAGCUAUCCAACUAACAGUAGAUUCCUUAGCAAGAGCUAAGAUCCAGGAAUGCCGAUUA